UUUUGGAUGCCGGCUGCCGUAAAAUCCCAAAGAAGAAGAAGAGGAAACCGGAAGUCUCGUUGUUUGACUGGGAUGUGUGGCUGGCGGCGGGAUAGCUGUGCUGUUUGUUAUUAGUGAGUUUGAAGAAGACAGAGCUCCAGGAGCCCUCAGUAGACGUCAAGCUGGCGACCGUAGCAGGAAAGAAGGGCAACAAGGCUGAGGAGGAGGAGCAGCCUGCAGCAACUCCUGCAGCAGCAGUAAAGGAGGAAGAGGAGGAGGAGGUACAGCAGCCUCUAGCACCUCCUGCAGUGGCAGUGAAGAAGGAAGAAGAGGAGUAUGUGGUGGAGAAGGUUUUGGACCGCAGAGUGGUGAAGGGAAGAGUAGAGUUUCUGCUGAAAUGGAAGGCGUUCUCAGAUGAGGAUAACACAUGGGAGCCGGAAGACAACCUGGACUGCCCCGACCUUAUCGCUGAGUACAUGCAGAAACACAAGGAGAAGGAGGAGAAGAAGAAGGAGGGAAAGAGGAAAGUUGUCAGUGAGGCCUCGGGAGACUCAGAGGCGCGAGGGAGCAAGAGGAAGAAGGUGGAGAAACGGGGAGGAGGAGAGGGACCCACAUGUCAGCACUUUCAACACUGUGACAAAUCUUUUACAACAUCUGUAUAUUUAAACAUUCAUCAGAGAUUUCACACUGGACAGAAUCUACACAGCUGUGAUCAAUGUGGGGCAGCUUUCACACAACAGGGUACCCUAAACAGACAUCAACGCAUUCACAAGGGAGAGAUGUACAGCUGUGAUCAAUGUGGGGCUGCUUUCACACAACAGGGUACCCUAAAAAGCCAUCAACGCAUUCACACUGGUGAGAAGCCUUACAGCUGUGAUCAAUGUGGGGCAGCUUUCACACGACAGGAUACUCUAAGAAAACAUCAACGCCUUCACACUGGAGAGAAACCUUACAUCUGUGAUCAAUGUGGGGCAGCUUUUACACAACGGAGUAGCCUAAAAAGCCAUCAAUGCAUUCACGCUGGACAGAAGCCGUACAGAUGUGAUCAAUGUGGGGCAGCUUUCACACAACAGAGUCACCUAAAAUUACAUCAACCCGUUCACUCUGGAAAUAAACCGUACAACUGUGAUCAGUGUGGGGCUGCUUUCACACAACAGGGUACCCUAAACAGACAUCAACGCAUUCACAAGGGAGAGAUGUACAGCUGUGAUCAAUGUGGGGCAGCUUUCACACAACAGAGUACCCUAAAAAGCCAUCAACGCAUUCACACUGGUGAGAAGCCUUACAGCUGUGAUCAAUGUGGGGCAGCUUUCACACGACAGGAUACCCUAAGAAAACAUCAACGCCUUCACACUGGAGAGAAACCUUACAUCUGUGAUCAAUGUGGGGCAGCUUUUACACAACGGAGUAGCCUAAAAAGCCAUCAAUGCAUUCACACUGGACAGAAGCCGUACAGAUGUGAUCAAUGUGGGGCAGCUUUCGCACGACAGGAUACCCUAACAAAACAUCAACGCAUUCACACUGGAGAGAAACCUUACAGCUGUGAUUAGUGUGGGGCAGCUUUCACACAACCUGGUACCCUGAAUAGACAACGCAUUCACAGGGGAGAGAUGUACAGCUGUGAUCAAUGUGGGGCAGCUUUUUAACAACAGAGUACCCUAAAAAGCCAUCAACACAUUCACACUGGAGAGAAACCUUACAGAACAAUGUGGAAAAACUUUUUCUCAAACCAGUAAUCUUAAAAGACACCACCAGCGUCUUCACACUGCCUCGUAGUCAACAUGUUUCAGAGCCAAGCGGUUUCCUUCUGCCUCCUCCUCAUGCCCUGAUAGCUGUGUUGUUAUAUUCUGAUCUUCUCUCCACAUUGAGGGCUGACCAGCAGUAACUUUAUCUUCUGAACAGCAUGUAUGUUAUCCUGGCUACAACUACAUAUUACGCUCCCUCCCUUGGAAGGGAUUAAUUCCGGUCAAAAUUAGCUUUUAUUUCUGUAAUAACAUAUUUUGAGUUCAGCGUUCAACUGCUAGGGCUAUGUAACUAACGUUGCAACGAAGGAGUAUUUGUUUUUCAAAAAACAAAAUCCCAUUACUGUGUACUAACGUAAUGUCAAAUUGCUGAAAUAUUUAGUCUAUUGUCCCUUAAGAUGAAGAAAAGAAGCAAAUUGUCAUAACUGGGAAGCUUAAUCAGAUUUUCAUAACUUGUAAGCUUAAUCAGAACAUGUCUGCUGCUGCUUAAAAUGAUGAACAGUUAGGGUUUAAACUGCAUCUGUGCCGCUGCCAUUAGGGACGAACAACUGAUCUUAAAGACUCUGCUUUUGGAUGUUCAUGUAAAGGAAAUGCUAAAAAAAGUAACAUGGAAUAAAAUUUCACAGAGGAAAAAUGUGUUUUACAAUAUUAUACGAUUAUGAAAGUGUUGCAUUUAAUAUCACAAAAGGUAACAUUAAUCCUUUUUUAAGUUAACAGUAAGUUAAAUUACUGUCCUGAUACUGAAAUAAAGGGAUAUUUCACCGUUGGAAAGAUG